UCGGUCAGUACCUACUCAGUGAGUUUGUGACACAUAAUAAAAAGUCGAAAGGUCUAUAUUAUCAAAACUAUUGUGAUUUUGCGUAAGAUGAUGAGUCCUAUUUUUUCGUUCCCCUUCCAGCCUUACGAUAUCCAAAAGAAGUUUAUGAAUGAAUUAUAUUUUACAAUUGAAAGUAGAAAAGUAGGCGUAUUUGAAAGCCCUACAGGAACUGGUAAAUCUCUGAGUAUAUGUUGUGGAGCACUCCAAUGGCUUAAAGACACCAACCAAAAAGUUGUGGAAAUGUUACAAAAAGAAAUUGAACAGCUAAAACUGGAACUUUCGAAUACAACAGAUACUGCUGAUUGGUUACAAGAAGAGUAUGAGAAAAUAAAAAAGAACCAACUGUUAAUAACACUACAGUUAAAACUUGAUAAAAUUAAACAUAGAGAGGCAGAGUUUGUUGAAUUAAAAAAAAGAGUUUCUAGAUACAGGACAAAUCUAAAAAGAAUUGAUCACCAGUUUGAAAAAAGAGACAAGCCCCAUGAAAUUGAAGUUACUGAUAAUAAUGAAUGCGAGGAAAAAGGAAACAUUGAAGAUCAAGACCUAAUUGUAGGGGAAUAUCAGAAUAAUGAUCAUGAAUCUGAUUGUGAAGAAACAUGUGUGGAAGAUGAAAAGGAGAGCAGUACAAAAAUUUAUAUAAGCAGCAGGACACACAGCCAGCUGUCGCAGUUCGUAGGGGAAAUCAAAAGAACAGUGUUCAACGACAAUACCAGAGUUGUUACUCUUGCUUCCCGACAACACUUCUGCAUUUACUCUGAUGUCACUAAGCUGAAAAAUGUUAAUCUUAUAAAUGAACGAUGUCUGGAUAUGCAAAAAUCUAAAACCAAAACGACAUCCAUGGGUGAUGAAGGGAAAGUUCUGAAGAAGACAAAGACAAAGUCAUGCACAUCUUGCCCUUACUACAACCAAAACAACAUAAAAGCGUUAAAGGAACAUUUGCUUGUAGAUAUCAUGGAUAUGGAAGACAUAGUCAAAUGUGGGAAACAGUUGAAAGCUUGUCCAUAUUACGCUUCAAGAAUGGCCUUAGAUGACGCUGAGAUAAUUUUAAUUAGCCAUGCCGGUAUUGUGAGCAGUGGCGCAAGAUCGGGCGUCUCACUCAAAUUGCAGGAUAACGUGCUAAUACUCGACGAAGCGCACGGCCUGACAGCGGCCUUGGAGAACGCCCAUUGCGCCCCAGUCUCGGUUAAACAGCUGUCCUCAGUUAAAACGUUCCUGGAAUUUUAUAUAAAUAAAUAUAGAGCCAGAUUAAGCAGCAAGAAUCUUUUGCAGUUGAACCAAGUCAAUUUCGUUGUGGGGAAGCUUUUAGGUGUCGUUAAACCAAAGCUAUCAAGUGACAAAAAAGGGCAGGCAGCAGUAUUUUCGCUCGAAGAUUUUGUUAUAAAAGCUGAAAUAGAUCAUCUCCGUUUACGCCCUCUAGUAGAAUUCUGUAGAAAUAGUCGACUGGCACCAAAACUCCACGGUUUUUCCAUGAGAUACAGCCAACAAGCGCUGGAGCAAGAAAAUGAAAAAGUUGAAGUCAAUAAGAAAGCUUCGUUCAAAGAGUUUCUCAAUAAAAUGUCUAAGAAAAAAGAUCAAAGGGAAGAGGAAAUGCAGAAUACUGAGAAAAAAGCGAAUAAUCAGCUCAACAAUUUACCAACAGAAACUUCCGCCGGAAGUGGAUUGUACGCCAUAUUAGAUUUUCUGGAGAGGCUGUGCGAUCGGGGUCGAAACGGGCGAGUGUUGGCGCAACACGGAGAGAACGGUCAACUCAAAUACCUAUUGCUCAACCCGGCUGAGCACUUCGCUCAAGUGGUCAACCAAUGUCGAUCGGUAAUCGUAGCAGGUGGUACCAUGGAACCAGUGGCAGAGUUUCAGGCUUUGCUAACAAACAAUAGCCUUGAAGUAGACAAGGUCAAUGUAGUGAAAUGUGAACACGUCGUCCCUCCGGACAAUGUAUUGGGUGUGUGCCUUUCAAAGGGACCUUCAAAUGUUCAUUUGAACUUCUCCUACGAAAACCGUUCUUCGAAAGAUCUGUUAAAUGAAGUUGGACGAAUUCUAAGAAAUGCUUGUAGUAUAAUCCCCGAUGGCAUUGUUUGCUUUCUACCUUCAUAUUCAUACGAACAAAUGUUGUACGAACACUUGAAUGGUACUAAAGUUUUGGAAAGCAUCAGCAAGAAGAAAAAGAUCUUUCGCGAACCAAAAUCUGCUUCAGAAGUGGACCAAGUCUUACAAAAAUAUGGUGCAGCAGUUAAAAACAAAGAAACAUCCGAACUGAAUGGUGCGCUUUUAUUGAGCGUCGUCGGAGGGAAGUUAAGUGAAGGAUUAAACUUCAGUGACGAACUAGGCCGUUGCGUUAUGGUUAUAGGAAUGCCGUACCCAAACGUGAAGUCACCGGAACUUCAAGAGAAAUUGAAUUAUCUAAACAAAGCAUCACCCGGGUCAGGCAGUAUUUAUUAUGAGAACCUAUGUAUGAAGGCAGUCAAUCAGUGUAUCGGGCGAGCAGUCCGGCAUGCCAAUGACUUUGCGUGUGUAUUAUUAGUGGAUGAGAGAUAUUCGAGGCCUCAGACUGUAUCAGCGCUACCUUCUUUUGUGCAGAAAUCAUUGAUCACCAACUGCGCAUUUGGACCAACUAUUGGGAAUAUAGCCAAGUUUUUUGCAAGGCAUAAAGACAAAAGAUGAUAUUGUUUCAAUAAAUAUUUAUUUUCAGUAUGGACGAAAACCAUUUUAAUUGAUCUGAUAAUAUUAAAUUAUGAUAAUGAUAAAAAUAUAGUUUUAUGUAACUAUCA